CGACCCAGGCAGAAAUAAUAUCGUUGCCCGCCGGCCUAGUACCCGUGCCAAUCCGGGAGGCGAGAUGGUCAACGAGUCGGAUCAGAAGAACGAGCAGCUGAACCUGCACGGCCCAGGCAGAAGUAAUAUCGUUGCCCGCCGGCCUAGUACCCAUGCCAAUCCGGGAGGUAAGAUGAUUGACGAUUCGGAGAAGAACCACGAGCAGCUGAACCUGCAUGGCCCAGGCAGAAGUAAUAUCGUUGCCCGCCGGCCUAGUACCCGUGUCAAUCCGGGAGGUAAGUUGGUUGACGAUUCGGAGCAGAACCACGAGCAGCUGAACCUACACGGCGCAGAUAGGAGUCAAGUUGCACGCCGGCCUAGUACCCGAACCAAUCCGGAAGGCGAGGUGCUCAAAGGCUUCGAAGAGAAACAUGUGAGUAGCAUUUAAUUUUUAUAAUCAUUCAGUGGCGUCUCCCUAACCUCUAUCUACCUGUGUAUUUCGCAUUUUAAAAGCUAUUACGCAGGUAAAUUGAUAUUAGAAUGGCGUCAUUGAUCCGUGGAGCUAUCCGAUAGUAAAACCGUAGCGGUUGACCAACCAGAUUGCAGUGUGCAUGACAUUUCAGAUCUGACCCUUCAUUUUUUAGAUCAUAUACUAAUCUAUUUUGUGUUAUUCUAUCAUACAGCAAUCGACACCAGAUAACGACGAUGACGAUGAUGACGAUUCUACAGCUGAUCCGAAUGCCUCUGUUGCUACUGACCACACCAAACCUACGAUAACCGUUGCGUCGUGCGGGGCUAACUCGGGAGAAAUUGGACUGCUAGUGAUGCAUGAGGAACGAUACGGGAAUCAAAGUCAGGCGUUUAGCACAACCACAUCUCCACCAUUGAUACCUGCUGAUGUUACAUCUGCCACUGUUGUCUUCAGUGAAGGAAGCAGCCUUCAACCUACGUUCGACAAACGGGUUAAUCAACGGGAUAAUGCUGGAAAGCGUCGUGUUCGUAAGAGAUACAGGAAGAAGAAGAGUGAUGGAAAUACGAAGCUUUUCAGUGAAACUAAUACCAAGGUAUCUUUCGAUGAUAAACCGCAGAAGCCGACCAUCGUGCAAGGAAGGAAACCGCAGAAACAGACCACUAUGCCUGUGGUAGGAACGAGCAUCGAAGGCAUCGUACGCCAAGGAAUUCAAGACCACAAGCUACCAUCAAUAUUGGAAGAAAUCGAAGCACCACCGAUCGAUUUGCAUACAAUUAUAAAAGAGGAGUUGUCCAAAGCUGAAACAUCCGAGCCAAAGGUAACAUAUUUUUCUGGAAUGUAGUAAAUUGUUUAUCUGAAAUGAAAUUGAUUUGAUUCAAUAUUUCUAUCCUAUUUUGUGCGAGCUACCCUUAUAAUAUAUAAUAUGGUCGAAACAUACCCUUUUUAUAUAAAA